ACAACACAAAUAAGGGACGUGAAGAACACUGUUAAUAUAAUGUAUUGCGCAUAGUAUAUGAUUGUCCGACACGUACCAAUUGAGAGUAUCCAUCCGCUGCCACAGAACAGAGCUCGGGAGCGGCUCCCUCCCAUGGUUAAUCUGCAUAGAUAAAAGCAGCAGUUAACUUCAUUUGCAUACAUAUAUUGUUAAGGACGGACGGCGGUGGAGAUGGGUAACAAGCAAAUCAAACAGCACCUGGAGACGGCACAGAAGACGGGCAUACUAAAGAUCUCACUGCAGCGACUGCAGGAGUUUCCGCCCCAGCUGAAGGCCUAUCCGAAUGUCUUAAAAACGCUCGAUCUGUCCGAGAACCGCUUCGAGCACAUGCCCGACGAGCUGGGGCGACUGACGCUGCUAAAGCAUCUUAACCUGAGUGGCAAUCGCCUGAUAGAGCUCAACACCGUGGUGGGCGAGCUGUUGAAACUGGAGGUGCUGCUGCUGAUGGACAAUUAUUUGACACAGCUGCCCAAAACGUUGGUCAACUGCACCAAUCUCAAGACGGUGAACUUGAGUAACAACCAGCUGAAGGAAUUUCCAUCGAUGCUGUGCGGCCUGACUAAACUGGAUGUGCUCGAUCUUUCCAGGAACAAGAUUACUAAAGUCCCUUCGGAGGUGAGCAGUCUCUGCGUCACCGAGCUGAACCUCAAUCAGAACCAGAUUUCUUCGCUGGCCGAAGAUGUGGCCGACUGUCGCAAGCUGAAGACCCUGCGGCUCGAGGAGAAUUGUCUACAAGCAAUCGCCUUCACGCCGCGCAUUCUCAAGGAUUCAAAGAUUUGCAUCCUUGCCGUCGAUGGAAAUCUGUUCAACUCUAAGCAGUUCACCGACCUCGACGGCUAUGAUGUUUACAUGGAGCGGUACACGGCGGUCAAGAAGAAGAUGUUCUAGAACACACCUCCCAUUCAUGGAAACAUAUAUCUUCGUGUCCCCUAUUUAUGAUUCUAAACUAAUUUAAUAGCUUAAUUGUAUGUACGCCUUCAUUGUAAAUCGUUGAGAAUAAACAGAGAAAAGACAAA